CGGCCGGUUGGGCCCUUUCGAAUUUUCCUGCCACGGCGGACCUAAACCUGCCUGCCAGCCAUGGGAGAGUGUGCUUCUCGCUCUCUGUUCUUGUGGUUGCAGCCGCAUACUCGUGUGCUGCCUCGUUUCCUGGUACCCCCGAGUGGCUAGGGAUUCAUGCUAGUCGGAUCUGUGUCCCUCGCUCUUGUUCUCUACAUAGCACUUUCGCGAUGUGCCGGAUCAUGGCUUGCCCGCUCUGGUGUGCUGGGUUUGCGACGGCUUGGAGUGCCGACAUGCUGUCUGAGUAUACUGUGGCGGUCCGCGGCCCUGGGACACCGCUAAGUAUUGUCUCUGCCCAAUCCACCGCCUCCACGAUAGCCCUGAGCUUCGCAACGUAAACAUUGAUUCUGUCCUCUGUGCCUAUUAUGCGUUGCGCGUGAGCUAAUUCCGUGUUAUCUCUCUAGAGGACGACGCUGCACCCUACUUUCCCAUUUUUCAUAGACG